CGUUUCGUCAUUUUGGCGCAAGAUGGCGGACUCUAGUUCAUCAAAGUUGGCCGAACAGGCUUAUUCGGACGAAAUUUCAUUCAAAUCGAAUAUGCUUUUCCCCAUGCCCCUGGAAGAAAACGAAAAUUUAGACUCGUUAAAUGAUGAAACGUUUGGCUCAGGAUCAUUCGAUAGUGAAUGGGUAGAUUCAGAUAAACCUGAUAAGAUGGUUGAUGAAUUUGAGCAAUGGAAGAAGCAGCAAAAGGCAAUAUCUAAGAAGGGUAUCCCACUUGAUGAGGCACCCUUGCAGAUUCCAAGUGAGGAAAAAAUGGCACAAGCUAUUUCAAAAUUGGAUAAUCUUGGCAUCGCAACUCCCAAACUGGAGCAAGAAGACCCUCUCCCAAAUGCUCAUGCUAUAGAGGCUUUAUGGCCCACCUCACCAAAACAUAGUAGCAACAUUGUUUCACCUGACCACUCACCUUACCACAUGACUGAUUUGCUUUCUCCAACUCACAAUAUCUGGGGAUCACCUACAAGUGAUGAAAAAAUUUCCAUUGACAUGGACGAAAAGCUCGCAGAUCACACGAAAAACUGUCUUGAUCAAGAAGAUAAUAGAAAACCAUUUUCCCCUGUUCUGGAGGACGAGGCCAUAGUUUCGGCCCUUCCGAAGAGAAUAUCGAAGCCAAUACGUGUGGAAGACGUAGAAAAGAUGGGUUUUGGUCACCAGGUUAAUCAGUUACCACCUCAUCUCCGGCCGUUUGCGAAUGGUGUACCCAAGGUCAGACCUCCUCCAGGAUUCCCUCCAAAUAUGAACCCCCGGAGUCCAUUUCCAAUGCACCCACCCGGUCCCUAUGGCCCCCCUCCUAUUCCCGCAGUUCCUCAAAAUGUUGCUCAGGCACAAGCUCAGGCGUUAUACACAGCUAUGAUGAAUCAAAGGAUGCCUUUCCCCCAACCUUUCCCCCGCACACCGCCUUCUCAACCACCACACUUCCCGCGACCUGUUUAUCACUCCGAUCCAGGUCAUUUAAGGCAGCGAGGUCCACCGAUGCCAAUACCUCACCAACACGGUCGCUUUAUCACUCCCCAGCCACGAAACACCUGGAACAAUCAGCGUGUUGGCCGUAACCAAGACAACCGUAGGCGUCAGCAAAAUUUCUCGGAAUCCCCUGGUUUGAAAUACAUCCCACAAUACUACGUGAGCAGCGAUGAUGACGAUGAGGGUGAUAAAGGGACACUGAUGACCGCUAAAGAGAAAGACUGGAUAAUUAGGAUACAAUUGAUGCAAUUGACAAGUGAUAAACCAGAGUUGGAUGACUAUUAUUUUCAUACCUUUGAGAGACGUCGUUUGGCUAAAGAGAGAUCUCAAAGUACAACUGGAGUGGAACUGGAAACAAACCAUACUAAUAAGGAUAUAAAGAUGACUUUACCUCACGUCACUAAAGGCGAUCACAACUACAAACCAACCAAGUUUGAAGGAUCUCUCGGUCAAGUUUCCGUCGGCUCUGUUUUUCAUCCACGCGAGGUCGUUCAAGUUGGUGAUUCAGGAAAGCCUAAAGGACCUGUUGGCUCUUUAAAAGAAACCAAAAAGAAAUACCAAUUGCUCUUAACAAUUGAAAAGGUUGAGUAUCUUAAAUUUACAUGUAAUCUACAUUUUGAGCUCGUUCUUUGUUUUCUAAUGCACUGUGCUGAAAAGCUCGAAGAACCUGUGAAUCCUCUCACAACUUCCUACUACACUCUCACCUUAAACAUCGUCAGGCCAGCCCAAUAUAUUCGACAAGUGAUGGUCAUCGUUCAAAAAGCCACAGGCAGUCCACCGAGGAGCGAAAAUAUUAAAACAAGCAAACUCAGACCGUUUCAGACGAAUACUCAAGAUCCUUAUAUCACGGCUUAUUUGAAAACCGAUGAGCUUCCUUCAAUGUUUGUGAUCGGCGAUGGCAAGAGUUAUAGUUCGGACACAGAAAACUAUUUCAACCAGCAUUUAACAGCUAAUUCCAGUUAUAUCGUGUUCAUGAGAUAUUUUGAAAGUCAGGAUUCGUACUACUCCACAGAAUGGAGCAGCAGUUUUAAAACAAUAGGAAAUGCGCCAGUUUGUGCGCACAGUAAGAAUUCUGAACUGUUUACCGUGGACAAAACCCGUCUGUAUCUUCUUAUACCGCUGGUUAUUUUGGCCUUAUGUUUCCUGCUUUCGAUGGGCGUUAUCAUUUACCAACGUCGUCUUAUUCGGAAUAACGCAAGAGAAGUCAGCCAGAUGAAAAAUUUCGGUCGACAAAACAACAAGUACAAUCUAGAAGCUCGAAAUGAUGCAAACAUAAAUGAAGAGAGGGUGUAUGAAACACCAGUUGAUGUCACUGGAAUUGAGUGA